GUACACGCGGUACUGUCCUUUUUCAGAUUUGGUGAAUAUUUUUGUUCGUUUCUACGGAACAACUCCGUCUCGAUAAUGGAACAGACGGAGAGGGCCUUUCAAAAGCAACCGACUGUUUUCUUGAACAGGAAAAAGACCUUGCCGAAACGGAAAAAGGGUCUUCGUUAUGUCAAGAGCGUUGGCUUGGGGUUCAAGACGCCCCGUGAUGCGAUCGACGGCAACUACAUCGACAAAAAGUGUCCUUUCACGGGAAAUGUGUCGAUUCGUGGUCGAAUUCUGACAGGUACGGUCAUGAAGCUGAAGAUGCAGCGGACAAUCGUGAUCCGUCGUGAUUACUUGCACUACAUUCGCAAGUACAAGCGUUUCGAGAAGCGUCAUCGUAACAUGUCGGUGCACUUGUCCCCGUGCUUCCGCGAUGUUCACAUCGGAGACAUUGUGACUGUGGGCGAGUGCCGACCGUUGGCGAAAACCGUGCGUUUCAACGUGUUGAAGACUCCGGUGUAUCGCUAUUUCUGUACUGUAUUCAGUGGGAAGAUGGAAAAAGAGGAAAUGGUGUCCCGGCCGUACGGGAAGAUCGUGUUGUCUCUCGACAAUGUUCUUUUGCCGCCAGAAAAGACGGCAUCUAGUCCCAGUUACGAGGAUGGGUUGGAUGAGAAGUCUGAGUUUGAACUUCGGUUUGUUGCUUGCGAACUAAUUCAAACCGCCGGAAUCUUGUUGAAAGUGCCACAGGUUGCUAUGGCAUCGGGUCAGGUGUUGUUCCAGAGAUUUUAUUAUUCCAAGUCACUGGUACGUCUUCCAAUGGAACAUACCGCAAUGGCAGCUCUUUGCUUAGCAUCGAAAAUUGAAGAGGCACCGCGACGUAUUAGAGAUAUCAUCAACGUGUUUCAUCAUAUACGACAAGUUCGUGCUAGAAAGUGA